AUGGCAUCUCAAGAUACCACCACCAGCCGAUACCCUCUCAUCAAGCAAAUAGCUGCCACCCGUCGCAAGCCGGACAUGACACACAAAGAGUUCCUCGACUAUCAUUACCAGGUCCACGGGUCCAUUGCUGAUGCUCCUGAAGAUCCAAAUCUCAAACCUUACAAAUACAUCCAGUCUCACGUCUUCGACAGCGCUUUUGGAGCCCGUAAGCCACCGACCGGCGGCAAAGCCCCGCCGAACGCCAACCACCCCUGGGUUGGCCGCGACGAUGCGACGGAGCUCUGGUUCAAGGACCUCGACCACAUGCUGCACAACUUCGGCUCCGAGCACGUGCGUACGACCGUCGGACCAGAUGCCCUGCACUUCGCCGACCUCGGGGCUAGCAUCAACCUCAUGGCUUUCGAGAAGCCGCUUCCUCUGACGACGGACUUGGGCGAGGGCGCUGUGAAGGUGGAUGAGGCGGCGGGAAGGCAUGCCACGACGGCUUUGUAUUUUGUGGCGCUGCCGGGAGGUGAAAGAGAUGGUGCGCAGGCGGAAAAGAUCAUCACGCCACUACUGAGGGAGGCAUUGGAGGCGGAGACGAGACAGGAAGUGUGGAAAUGGGUGGUUAAUGUAGGGUUGACGAUCCCAGAGUUCGACCCGUCGUCGUACUUUGGCGGUGCGGAUUUGCCCAAGUAUGCAUUGGUGUACAAGAUCUAUUUGAAGGACCCAACUGCCAUUGGGGCUUUCCGCAAGGCACAGAAGGUGUUUGAGAAGCAGGAAAAGAUUGAUGUGGGGAAUUCGUUCGUGUUGUUCACCAAAGAGGUGUUGGUUGCUAGUGUGGCUGAUGGCUUCAGCUUUGACAAAACCCAUCAGCCCGUUUUCAAUGACAUAUCAUAA